AUGAAUGCAUAAAAAUUUUAUUAUGGAGAAGAUAUUAUUGAAAAAAGUAAAGAAUACUAAUUUGUGAUAUAAACAAACAAAAGUUUUGGACCUUAAAGUGAAAAAGAAAGAAUUAUUAGAUAAAUAACUAAAAAUCCAACCUAGCCUAAUCUAAGAUCUUAAAAUAGAGAUUAAAAAAACAUUACAGAAUAAAAUUCAGAUUAAAUUGGAGUUGAAAAAUUACAUAAAAAAAGAACCUUUUUAUUGUAAAAAUAACCUCAAUAGCAAGACUAUUCAGAAGAUUUAUUAACUUCUAAAAUGAAAGUAAUUAAAGUACCAUUUAAAAAAAUACAUACAUCUUGUGAAAAUAUUCCAAUAAAGAAUCAGAAAACUCAUUCCCAUAUGAAUAGUCUUGAUCAAGAGAAAUAAUUUCUUAAGGCUCUCUUUUCUAAAGAUAUAAAGAAGGAUGAGAAAGUAGUAAGAUUGAGACUUAAUAGAUCUCAACUAUAAUUACAUACAUAAACUUAAAAUUCUGAAAUUUCAUUAGAAAAAGGUUUAAAAUAUACAACAUAAUCAUCUUUUAGAAGAGAAAGUUAAAAGGAAUUAAAAGACAAAAAGUAUUUUUAUUUGAUAAAUUAGAUAAACAGAGUAUAAAUAAUACAGUUUUAAAUAAGUAUUGGCUUAUGAUUAUAUGAUAUAGAUAUAUCGAAAAUAAAAUGCUCUUGAAAAUCUACUAAACAAUGUUAAAUAAUUUGUUGGAUUCAUGAAUUUAACUUUUAAUUUAACCAAUUUACCUUUAAACAUUAAUGUAAAACUUUAUUGUAAUUUAGGGAUUAGAAUAAAUGUUUAAAACACCUAAGUAUUUACUAAAAACUCUUAAGCCUUUUAUUCCUUAAAGUUUGGAGAAACUUUUAUUUGAGGAUUUUGAAUGUCAAAAGUUUAGAUAGCUUACUCUUUAAUUCCAACUAUUUUAUAUAUUAUUUUAUUAAUCUGAAUUAAUUGAUAUUGUUACAAAUUCUCCUGUUAAGUUUAUUAUCAGAUAACCUAAAGAUUGUUAAGAAUUAUAUCAUCAAAUAGAGAAGAUACUUUUGAAUUAGAAUGUUCAUUAAUAGGAUUUCUAAAUAAUUUAAUAAUUAUUUGAAAAACAAUAUAAUUAACCUUAUGAAUAAUUAUUAAAUGAAGCUAAAUCAAAUUACAAAUUAUAAAUUGAAUAUGAAUAUGUAAAACAUUUAUACUGUUUUUGUAUCAAAGUGUAAGAAGCUUUAUCUUAGAAAAUAUUACAUGAAGGAAAAAAGAAUCAAAUAUAUGAUAAAGGAUUUGAUUUUAAAACUGCUUUAAAAAAAAUUAAAUGCAAGGAAGUAAAAUUAAAUUCUAUAUCAUAGAUUAAUCAUGAUAAUUUAUUUAUGUAAUUCAUGCCACUAAAAAAUUAGAUAAACAAUCAAUUAGAUGAUUUUGAAUCAAAAUAUGGUAGAAUUAACACAAUUUCAAAUAUUUAGAGAGAACAUGCUAAAUUAGCUGAUAUUAAACACAACUAACUUUAUGAAAAGAUUCUUAACUUAUAAAAAUAAAUUGAUUGAACUUCUUUAUAGUAAUACUAACUAACAUUUUUAAGUAAUUUAUGUUUCGAUUUUUGAUUUAAUUUUAAAUAUGUUUAAACGUUUGCCAAUUAUAAAUCCAGGUUGUGAUACAAUCUUCAAUGACUAAGAAACUAAUGAAAAUUUGAAUUUUUUAACUCAACCAAUUAAGAAAAUAUUUUUGAGUAAUGAAUUAACAAUACCUCAAAUAUUUAGUAAAAGUAAUUUAUAGUAAGAACUUAUUUACUUAAAUAUAGAACUCCAUAAACUAAAUAAAUCUCUCUUAAUAAUUCAGAAUAAAAAUCAUUCUAGAAAUUCCAAUCAUAAUUUACAAAUGAAAAUGACACUUCAAUACAAAUAAGCUAAUAUAAAUCUAACAUCCAAAUCUUAAAAUAAGGGUAUAUAUAACUUAUUUCAUACAUAUACAUCAUCGUAUACUAUAUUAUAAUUUAAAUUUAAAUAUCAUAUUCAAAAUAUUAAAACCCUAAUAAAUUUUAUUAAAUUCAAUAUAUUAUAAUAGGAUUCAAGAAAAUAAGCCUUGUAAUUGUAGGAAAAGUAAAUGUUUAAAAUUAUAUUGUGAUUGUUUUGCUGCAGGAAAAUUAUGUUCUUCAAAAUGCAAUUGUUGUGGAUGCUUCAAUAAUAGUUCUAAUAUACAUGAACGAAAUUCUUAUAUUAAAAUAAUGAUUGAAAAGAAUCCUUAAGUUUUCAAUUAAAAAGUUUAGGAAAUUGAAUAAAAAUUAACUCAUUCCAAAGUAAAAAUUAUUAUUUAAAUAUUUAGGGAUGUAAUUGCAGAAAAAGUGGAUGUUAAAAAAAAUAUUGUGAAUGCUAUUAAAUGGGAAUUGAAUGUUCAGAUAAUUGUAAAUGCAAUGGAUGUCUUAAUUGUAGUUUAAAUACAUUCACAAAACAAUAAGAUACAAG